AUGCCUUAUUUCGCAAACUUAUGCCACGGCUGGCCGCGCGCAAAGCAGAACCCAGGCGAUUGGAGAGACGAAGGCAUAGAAUAUCUAUGGGAUCUCCCCGCCGCAGCCUCAAAGGGCGACACGCACGCCUGCCACCCCCGCCAACGCGCGCCAGCGCAAUACCUAACUCCUACGAUCCCGCAAGAACCAGGUAGCAAGCCACCCCACCACGACGCGCCGGCCCCGAUGGCAACGGCUGCAGCCGGGUCGUCCAUAACACUCAUGUUCGGCGGCAACGGGCACAGUCGGGGUAAUUUCGGUGGCGUGGAGAAGGGCGAUCCGGGGCGCGUGUCUGUGUACUGGGCUGGUAGUAAGGAGAAGGAGAUUGUGGAUGUGAAGGAAUUGACAAAAGAGAAUCUUGUGCAGGAUAAUGGGUUUAGUGAAGAAAGUUUUGCGUACCCGGCGGAUCUGAAGGUAACGGCGCCGCCGGCGCUGCAGGAUAAGGGAAACUGGCAGACGGUGCAUUUGUAA